GUAUAAAAGCAAUUUAUAUAAAUGAUAUGUAUGGUAAGAUACUAACUUUGGUUAAAGUAAUAAAAGACUGGUAGAGUAUAUACCAAAAUAUAUACCAAUAAUAGUUAUCUCAGAUUGGUAGAAUUUAUAAUGAUUGUUUUCCUCUAUAAUUUCCAAAUUUUGUAGAAUGACAGCAUAUUACUUUGCAGAAUCAAAGUUUGUCGAAGAUCUCUCCAAAUACUCUCUCCAGUCUCUUGGCUAACACAGUAAAAUAGCGUGGAUUUAUAUACAAUGCAUAAGGGAACCCUGGGGGCACAGUGGUUAAGAGCUCGGUUGCUAACUGAAAGGUCAGCAGUUUGAACCCUGCAGCCACUCGGCAGGAGAAAGAUGUGGCAGUCUGCUUCCGUAAAGAUUUACAUCCUUGGAAACCCUACGGGGCAGUUCUACUCUGUCCUGUGGGGUCGCUAUGAGUCAGAAUUGACUCGAGGGCAAUGUGUUUGCUUUUGCUUUUUUCCCCAUAUAUAUAUAUACACACACACAAACACACAUGUGUAUAAAAUGUAAAUAUAAGAAGUUGUAGACAGUAUUCAUAUACAUUAAGAAUAUUACUUACGAUUGAACUUAUCAUUGUGAAUGCCCCUAGCUGUGGCUAUUUUUUUUUUUUUUAAUUGAACUUUAGAUGAAAGUUUACUGAACAAACUAGUUUCUCAUCAAACAGUACACACAUUGUUGUAUGACAUUGGUUAACAGCCUCAUGACUUGUCAACACUCUCCUUUCUCAACCCUGGGUUCCCUAUUACCAGCUUUCCAGUUCCCUUCUACUUUCCAGUCCCCGCCCCAGGGCUGGUGCACCCCUUUAGUCUUGUUUUGUUCCAUGGGCCUGUUCAAUCUUUGGUUGAAGGGUGAACCUCAUGAGUGGCCUCAUUACUGAGCUGAAAGGGUGCCCAGGGUCUAUACUCUCAGGGUUUCUCCAGUCUCUAUCAGGCCAGGAAGUCUGGUCUUUAUUUUUGAGUUAGAAUUUUGUUCUACAUUUUUCUCCAGCUCUGUCCAGGACCCUCUAUUGUGAUCUGUGUCAGAGCAGUCAGUGGUGGUAGCCAGGCACUAUCUCAUUGUACUGGACUCGGCCUGGUGGAGGCCAUGCCGGAUGUGGUCCAUUAGUCCUUGGGACUAAUCUUUCCCUUGUGUCUUUAGUUUUCUUCAUUCUUCCUUGCUCCAGAAGGGGUGAGUCCCAUGGAGUGCCCUAGAUGGCUGCUCACAGGCUUUUAAGACCCCAGACAUGUAGCCAUUGGUUUUGUAGCUUUAAAACCCAGGUAGCUAAUUGGAGAAUUGUCUUCUGUAUCUUUUGAAGGAGGGUAAUUUGCAGCUGAUGAAACACCAAAACCAAACCCACUGCUGUUGAGUCAAUUCCAACUCAUAGCAACCCUAAUAGAAAAGAAUAAACUGCCCCAUAGGGUUUCUCACGCUGUAAUCUUUACAGAAGCAGAUUACCACAUCUUUCUCCUGCGGAACAGCUGGUAGGUUCUAACUGAACUGCCAACCUUUCAGUUAGCAGCUGGUCACUUUAACCACUGCAUCACCAGGGCCCCUUUUGCAGCUGAUAAGAAGUGUUUCAUUGAAGGAUGAGAGUUGGUUUUAAGCAAGGCUAGAGGUGUGUUAGCCAAGGCUAGUCUGGGCUAGAUUGGUAAGUGAGUCCAACUACCAUGGUGAAAGCUGGAUUGGAGGGUCGGUGCCACUUUUUGUGGGGCGCCAAAUUUGCAGUAGUCUAGAGCUAUGAGUCAGAAUUGACUCGACGGAACUGGGUUUUUUUUUUUGUUUUUUUUUUUAGAGCAAAUUCAAAGCCCUGAGAUGGUUAAACGUAUUUGUUUCUCUUUUAGAUUGUGAGUGUUUCCUCUUUCCAUCUCCAGCUUUUAGUAGAUAGCCUGGCACAUGUUAGACACUCAGUAAAUAUUACUGAAAUUGAAAUGGAAUGGAAACUGGAAAUAAUGCAGAUUCCUAACAUUAGCUUUACUGAAAAGUCACUUCAAUAUUAAAUGAAGUGAAUUGUCACAGACAACCUCUGUUUGGAUGGCAGGGAAGUUUUUAGGAGCAAUAAUGAUCUCAUGUUUAGCUCUCAUAGGCUCUUUUCUCUACUACUUUUAUUUUAGCUGCUAGGGGUACUUUGGAAGGCCCUCAGUUCUUUCAGUAUUUGGCACAGUUAGCUAUAGGUAAAGUAUGUACAUUGGAAACUGACGAAGAACUAGAACAUAUAAGAGGAGCGUGUGAGAUACCAAUUUUCAUAGCUACAUUUCAAGCAAAAUAUAAGUUGAUCAGCUUAAUUAAGCUUCUGCCUCGGCUAGUAAGAAAAAUCAGGUUUUGUCCUUUUGCCCUCUGUGCUGUUCAACAGCAUACACCAGUUUUCAUUUUAAGACCUUAACGGCUGUGCCAACAAGUCUAGUUUGAAAAAAAAGAGUUUAAUGGUGUCUCUCUACAGAUCAGCCUGUCAACAUCUCUGGCCAUCAGUAGAUCACUCCCCCUUCAGAACAGUUGUUCACUUUAGACAUGUCAUAAGUUUGUGUGGUUAAGCUUGCUAAUUGGCAUAAGGAUUGAAAUUACGAAUUUGGAGCUCCGGAUGGCAAGGAGAGCAAUGUUACGACAAAUGUAGGUGUUUGUGUUGCUUUUUCACAGAAUAACUCAGUCACUCCUGUGACUAGAACCCACUCUGGGCUGAAUGGGAUAGGUGUUUUACUUUGUAUUGAGAUGACUUUUCAGUAAAAUUUAUCUUGGAGCUCUACAUGACUUUUAAUUCAUUUCAGAUUGGCAAGCAUUUAUUAAGUAUGGAUAAGGUGCUGAGGUUACAAAGAUGAAUAAGAUAUGAUUCCUGUCCUCAAGGCUUACAGUUUAAUGGAGAAGACAUGAAUAGAUUAUGUCAGUCUACUAUAUUACGCAUAUGGGUAUGCAGAGAGGAGAGUUAAUUAAGCAGGAAAGAACCCAGGUCUUCUGACUUCCUCCAGAGCCCUUUCCACUAUAUCAUGUUCCUUAGUGGAACCAUGGGGAUAUAUUCCCACCCCAAAUCCAAAGAAAUGUGGGGGGAAAUGCCUAAGAAUCAGUUUGGUGUCACUAAAUCUAAGAAAGUAACAGGAACUCAAAGGGAUGUAAUGUUAGAGAACGAACAGGAAGAGGAGUGACACUGUGUUUGAAGAGAUGAACCUUUUCCUGCAUUGCCUACCAAUUGAUGUUGUGCCGUCACAUUGAUGGAGGCGACAGGAAAGUCAGCAAACGAAAAGAAAAGUCCAAACUUGGAAUAAUUAGCAGUAUAAGAAACAGAUUUCCCCAUUCCAAGAAUGUACUGACCCACGUAUAAGUCUAUGGGACUGGGUCGAAGAUGCAUUAGAAUGACCACCCCUGUACUCAGAAUCACCCCUCCCCUCCUCUACCAAGGAAGAGCAACUUAAAUAGAUGCAGUCUCCCACGGGCAUCAGAGAGUGUCUGAGCAGCAGCAACCUGGAGGAGUGGAGACAUGGUAAUGGAUUCUGAAUUAACGCACAGCAUAGUUGGAAGCUAUCUUAAACCUCCAGAAAGAGUAUUUGUUCCAUCAUUCACCCAAUAUGAAACAUCUCAGAAUUGCCACCCCGUGAAAGUAGAAGUUACCCCUCCUGAAGUGUUUCAUAGUCCAAAUAGCCAAGCUCUUAUUUUAGCGCUAAAAACUCUUCAGGACAAGAUUCAUCGUUUAGAGCUAGAGAGAACACAGGCCGAAGAUAACCUGAACAUACUGUCCAAAGAAGCAGCACAGUAUAAAAAGGCCUUGGAAAAUGAAACAAAUGAGCGAAAUCUGGCACACCAGGAACUGAUAAAGCAGAAAAAAGACAUAAGUAUACAGUUAAGUUCAGCCCAGUCUCGCUGUACUCUUCUAGAGAAGCAGCUAGAGUAUACAAAGAGAAUGGUUCUCAAUGCAGAACGAGAGAAGAAUAUAAUCCUAGAACAACAGGCCCAGCUUCAAAGGGAAAAAGAGCAAGAUCAUAUGAAGCUACAUGCAAAACUUGAAAAGCUUGAUGUCUUAGAAAAAGAAUGUUUUAGACUUACAACAACUCAGAAAACUGCCGAGGACAAGAUUAAACAUUUAGAGGAAAAACUUAAGGAAGAAGAACAUCAGCGUAAGCUAUUCCAGGACAAAGCUUCUGAGCUUCAAACUGGACUUGAAAUCAAUAGAAUUUUAAUGUCUUCAGUUUCAAAUUCAAAACACUCUAAGGGAAAGAAAAAAUCUUCAAAGAAAACUAAAUGUUUAAAGAGAGGACUACCUCAGGAAAGUUAUUCAAAGUUUGGAGCACCAUCUUUUGUGCCUGGGAAGUUCGUCAGGGCAAGCCAUUCUGUAAAUGCAAGUGUGCAAAACCUCCUGCAGAUGGUACAAGAUUGUGGCCUGCAAACCCUUCAGAAGCAUUCUAAAGCUUCUGAGCCUCGAUAUUUUCACAAGCCUAGUAGAAUUCUCCAAUGUAAAGCUGCACCUCCUCAUCCAGAAAACUCUGUCUCCGUUUGUGAUAAUUUGUCUGAACUUUUGAUGGCAAUGCAAGAUGAGCUGGACCAAAUGAAUAUGGAGCAUCAAGAACUACUAAAUCAAAUGAAGGAAACUCAAAGCCAUUCAGUCUGUGAAGACAUAGAAAGUGAACUAGAGCAUUUAGUGAAGAAAAUGGAAAUUAAAGGAGAACAAAUUUCCAAACUAAAGAAGCAUCAAGAUAGUGUCCAUAAACUUCAAAAAAAACUUCAAAACUCAAGGAUGAGUGAAGCUUCAGGUAUUCAGCGAGAAGAUAGCAAUUCUAAAGGAUCAAAGAACGUAAAAAAUAGCCCUAGAAAAUGUUCUCAUGAAUCUAGCCCUCUUCAGAAAAACAGUAACUUUCAUCCAAAACGAGUCCAUAAUCUUCAAAUGAAAUUGAGCAAAGAUGAUAUCAUGUGGGAACAGUAACACAGCAGCACAACUGUCACCUUAAAUGAACUCUGUCAAUGAGAUCUUGAAUUGUCUAAAGUGGUUUUAAUUUAAUAUACUUUUAUGAAAGUUUGAAUUAUGUUUCUAGCCUCUAUAAAGUGUGAAGUUGUAUUUUUAAAUUAAUGCCUAAUAACCUAUUAAGGGUCUCAAAUAAUAAAUGAUUGCUUUUUUUUGUUUUUCUUAUUGAUUAAAAUGCCUAAUCCCAUCAUGUUUUAGAACAUAGUUCACUAAACUAAAUCUAAGAAAUUGGAUUGGAUGAACUAUAUUCAAACCUGAGUUAAAUUUGAGAAACAAGUACCAUUCCUGUUUUAAUUUGGUAGGUUUGUAACCUUGGGGCCCUGGUAGUGCAGUGGUUGAGAGCUCAGGCUGCUAAUGAAUAGGUCAGCGUUCAAAUCCACCAGCUGCUCCUUGGAAACCCUGUGGGGCAGUUCUGCUCUGUCCAAUAGGGUCACUAUGAGCCAUAAUUGACUUGAUGGCAGUGGGUUUUGUAACCUUGAGGACCAGUGUAAAAUGAAUAGGGUAUGGUAAGGUCUUUUAACUUUCCUGGUAUUUCCUACCUAUCUUGUUUUAGAGCUGUGAAAUACUUUUUCUCUUUUGAAAAGGGAAAAGCCGAAUAGGUCUGCAGCUUCAUGAAGAGGCCUUUAACCUGAGUUUCUAUGUGACAGUUACAAAUAGGAACCCAUACUUAAUUUUUAGAAGACAAUAUUAUAUAACUGUAGAGCUUUCCUCUUCUGUUUCUAUUCUCUUUUAAAAAUCUAGUUGUGUCAAAACCAGUGAUCUGUUUUAUCUUACUCCUUUACAGCUACAUAAACUAACUUUUACUCUGUGCAUUGUGUAUAAUGUUCAUCAGUGUAAAUGGAGAAUGUGAUUUUCCAAGACCCACAAAACUGGCAUAUUUUUAUAAGAAAAUAUAGGAACAGGAAGUUGCGUAUUUUAUUACCUAAUCAAAAGUUCAGGGAAAUAUGGUACGUUUUUAUAUUUUUAAAUCAGUGAUGUCGUGAUAGAUUAUGUAUGUAUGCAUUAUAAUAAAUUUACACUUGUUCACCUAUGACCUAUCUUGUUAGAAGCUUUAAAAACUACUAUGACUCUUGUGAUCUAUUUUGGUUCCUCACUCAAAUUCUUUGUGGCAACUAGAGAAUUGGAGGAAUCAACUGAAGUAAAAAUAAAGGACAGAGAGAAAAGGCAUAGUAAAAGGGAGGAACUCAGAAUAUAGGAUUGCUGUUUAAGAGAUGGUGAUUCCAAAGGAACAGAGUUGGACUGGUACAUCCUCUGACUCCACAGCUGGAAAACUGCCCAAGCUAUAGGUAGGAGAGAACUUUUAGGUCAGGGGGAGCUGGGAAAAGCAAUUUUUAAAAGAUAGCCUUUUUUUAUUUUUUUUCCUGUUCUCCUUGGAAAUUCUACAAAGGUAUGUAUAGGAGGAAGAGGGUAAUUGUAGACCCUCUGGGGAGGAGGAGAACUAUGAUUCAUUCUGAUCGUGAGCAGAGGUGGUAUGUUAGAAAACCUUUGCAUCCCUGCAAGUGUGGAGAGGUGAUUGAAAAUGGGCAAAUCAAUACUUCAAAUUGUCCUCAAAAGUAAUUAAGAGCAGAGAUAAAAGUUUCCCUCUAGUUUAAAUAGUAUAUGUGUCCACACACUUUCAUGUCCCCUCCCCCAGUCAGCUCCUUCAGCCCCAGAGAUGUUCCACAGAGUGCUUCAUCUAGAGUCAAUUUUGUCACCUUACCUCCUUUUCUACUUUGUCUUUCCAACUCAAGAUGCGAGGUCUGGUUUAAACUUAGCAAAAAGCCCAUUAGGACCAUGGUGUAACCAUAUCUUGCUGUGGCUUUUUUUUUUUUUUUAAUGCACUUAGGAAAGUGGCUGAGUAUACAGUAAAGCCUACAAAAGCCAGAACGUGUAUAAGCUGGAAACCUGUCAGAGAAGGAAAAUUCAAAUAUUUUCCACUAACAGAGAUUGAUAGAAAAGUGCUGACUGCACCCUGUCAAAGGUGGAAAACUUGUGAGACCCAGAAAGACAAGGCAGUCCCGCCAAGUUCCGGCUCUCACGGUUUUCACUAUAUUUAUCAGUAAUGAAGUCAUUACUUGUGAAAAUUUAUUGCUAAAUCAAAUAACCUUAAACAAUUUUUAAUUCAUUUUAGGAAUGCUUGAAUAUUUCAGUUAAGAAUUUUCUUGCAAAAGCAGUGUAGCAGAGUAGAAAAAACAUGAGACUUCGGAGUUAGGAAGGCAUCUGCCACUUAGAAGCUUGGUCAAGUCAAAUAACUUUUGAGCCUUGGUUUGUCAUCUGAAAAGUAGGGCUAAUACUAAACCUACCUCACAGGGUUGUUAGGAGGAGAGUAAAUGAAAUAACAUGUGAAAGCACCCAGCAGAAGUGCUGCCACUAAGUAAAAAUUCAACAAAUAUUUGUUGUAUCUGAGUGAUUGGAAAAAGAAAUUGUUGUAGGAAAGCAAAAGCCUAAAUGUGUUCUUUGUAAAAGUGGAAAUAUUCUAAUUUACUUGACUGCGCCCCUGCCCUCAUGUCCCUAGGAGGAAAGUUCUUUGGCUUGUUCUCUAGCUCAGGAGUAGUGGAAACGGGUGAAGAAUACAGUUCUACCAUUGUGCAGAAAUACAGACUCACACACAGCUCCCUGGUUUGGAUUCUAUUUUGGUCGGUUUUGUGACAUUUAUUACUGGAGACAAUAAAGAAGAGUGUCUUGUUGCUCCAUCACAGCUACUGAACUAAAAAUGGCUCUCUGCUCACAGACUACUUGCUUGCCACAGCUUUGGACUCCUCGGGGGGUGGAGCAAAAGAUUUCCUUCCUGCACAGGGACAGUCCAUGGUCAGUGUACAAGAGUUGCUGUGGCAACCCCGCAGUCAAGCUCUGCCCAGCAGAAACUCAGUAUGAUGAUUUCAUUGAUUUUGUUCACUUCAGUGAGAAACAGGUUUGUUUGGUUUUUAUUAGAAACUGAAAUUAGAACUUUCUAGCCAAGGCAGGUCUCAACUUUGAUGAAACCAGAGAGUUCCAGUGUUUGAAGCAACAGGUAUUGUGAAUAUUCUAAUCCUGGAAAUGAGAGUUGGACUCUAGAAUGAACUGUACUUGGGUGGGCCAUUGGCAACCCAGCCAUUUUUACUAGGUUAUAGUCAAAGGUAGGAGUUGUUGUGUAUCGUUGAAUCGAUCCAAUUCAUAAUGACCCUAUAUGACAGAGUAAAACUACCCCAUUAGGUUUUUUUAGCUGUCAGAAUCAACUCGAUAGCAAUGGGUUUGGUUUUGGGUUUGGUAAUCUUUACAGGAGGAGGUAGCCAGGUCUUUUCUCCCUCAGAGCCACUGGUAGAUUGGAACUUCCGACCUUUGGUUAGCAGCCCAGUGCUAAGCGUUUCUACCACCAGGGCUCCUUAAAGACAGGAGGGUGAGAGGGAAAUGCUCAGUUUUCAGCAAUGUAAGAUUAAAGAGGGAGAUAACUCAGUAUAUUGAGCUAACUGGCUGGAAGGGUGCACUUGAGAUUUUUUUUGUAGCCUUCUUACUUUGUUUAAAAGUACAAUUUUAACUAUAAAGUAGUAUUCUUAAUCCAUGAUAAAGUAACAAAAAAUUAAAUAGAAAUUUGACUUGUACUAUUGUAAGAAAUCGAACUAAAGGAGGAAAGGCCAAUUGGUCAUUGCAAUGAAAGGAGUGCUCACCUUGGACAAAAAUGCACCAGCUGCCACUAUUGAUGCAGAGUAAAUAGUGAAACUCCUAAUGGUGUUUCCUGGAACUCUAUUCAGCUGUAACUAAAAAUGUACCUACUGAGAACAUUUAAUUGUAUGUAUCUAAGUACAGGCCGACUCCCAGAGGUACAGCCAGACAAACCUCUGUAAGGCAUAAUACCAUCUGUGAGCUAAGAAAGCUCUUAAGGGUGCCACUGCACCUUUUAAUUAAAGUGAAAUGAGGAUAAACAAAAAUAAUGUUGACUGUCACUCAUCUGAAAACAAAUUUACUUUUUAGUAAUUAGGGAUUGUUAAUGCCUCGGUCCUUUUCUUCAUAACCUAUACUUAUUUUCACACAACUUUCCUCAUUUAGUUCCUUUUUUUGUGUUUUGUUACGUAAGGAGAAUUAGACAUAAUAAAAUUGUAAAACUUUAAAAUAUUGUCUGGGCCAGAGUUUGCUUUUUUUUAUUGUUGUUAGGUGCUGUCGAGUCAAUUUUCGAAUCAUAGUGACUCCAUGUGACAGAGUAGAACUGCCCAAUAGGGUUUUCUUGGCUGUAAUCUUUAUGGGGAAACUAGGUUAGUACUAAAGGUAUAAGAGGGAAGAGCAAAGUGUUCGGAGAUCGCUGUGUCCUCCACUAUAUGAGUGACCGAAAGCAGGAAUUUCUGAACCAUAGGACAGUGUCUUAGUCAUCUAGUGCUGCUAUAACAGAAAUACCACAAGUGGGUGGCUUUAACAAACAGAAACUUAUUUUCUCGGUUAGGAGGCUAGAAGUCUGAAUUCAGGGUGCCAGCUCUGGGGGAAGGUUCUUGUCUCUGCUGAGCUUCUGCUCCUGAGUGAUCCUCACGUGGUUUUUAGUGGCGUAGUGGUUAAGAGCUACAGCCGCUAAUCAUAAAGAUCAGCAGUUUGAAUCCACCAGGUGCUCCUGGGAAACUCUAUGGGGCAGUUCUGCUCUGUCUUAUAGGUUUGCUGUGAGUCGAAAUCAACUCAUCAGCAGUGGGUUUGGUUUUUUAAUCUUUAUUGAAGCAGAAUGCCAGGUCUUUCUCCUGCGGAGCCACUGGGUGGGGUCAAACUGACAACCUUUGAGUUAGCAGCCGAGCACGUCGUCACUUUUUAUUGUAGCUAUAGAUUAAUUGUUGCCUUAAAGAAUCAGGUGGUUUUUUUUUUUUUUCUUCCUAGUGGAUAUAUUGGGAGUAUUUUCCUUAUCGAUAUAUAGAUUCAUUGUAUUCCUCUUUGGUGCAAGAUCCUGCUAAAUGCCAUAAGCAAUCAUUAGAAUUAUAAAUCAGUGCCCACCACUGAAGAAAUUUAUUGUAAUUGUAUAUGCAUGAUCCAUUGUGUACCUAUGUGUUUAACAGUUUUAGCAGAAAAUAAUAAAUAAGACUUGUUAACGAUGAUUUCGACAGUCUUGUUCAUGAGUUGUAGAUGGAGGGUUUGGGCUUAAGGCUUGA